UAUCGCAGGAUAUAUCGCAGAUCAAUCGCAGCUCCCCUCCACGUUACCCCCAGGAUCAGGAUCAGACAGUAUGGCCUCAGUUCACUCCCAGCUCUAGGUAGAGGUGCACGCGAUCGCUCCAAAAAUAGCGCGAAGUAAUGCAGUGACAUUCAAUCAGUGUUUUCACAGUUGAACGGUGAGUGAAUAGUUCUGGCACGUGUACUAGUGAAGACCUGCAAAUAAAACGGUAUCACAAGAUGCCGCUCCAAAUACGAAGGGAGGGUGUCACUAGCUUCCUCCGGCAGAACCUCUUAACAUUACUGACAAUUAUCGGGGUGGUCGCUGGCACUUUACUGGGAUGGGGGCUGAGGGCCACAGGGUACGAGUGGACGAGGCGAGAGGUUAUGUACUUCCAAUACCCUGGGGAAUUAUUCUUGCGAAUGCUGAAGUGCUUGAUUGUCCCGCUUCUAGUUUCGUCCAUUGUGUCUGCGAUUGGAUCUUUAGAUCUUAGUUUAUCUGGAAAAGUAGGUCUUCGAGCAAUCAUCUACUACAUGACGACGACGGUAUGCGCAGUCAUGCUCGGUAUAGCUCUGGUCACUACCAUCAAGCCAGGCAAAUCAUCUGAGGCGUUUCAACAGCCUAAUGCGACCAAACUGGUCACUAAAGACACCCUGACAGCAGACACACUACUCGAUUUAAUACGAAACGUUUUUCCUGAAAACAUCGUGCAAGCGACUAUUUUUUCAUAUCGCACAAGGCUCGCCUACGAUGUCAACGAUACAAAAGCUAUAAAAGGUCAUCUAGAAACAUACAAAAUAGAAGGUGACUAUCAAAAGGGCAGCAAUGUUUUGGGUCUGGUAUGUUUCAGUAUUGUUCUGGGAAUAACUUUGGGCAAAAUGGGAGACAAGAGCCGGCCAUUGCAAAACUUCUUCCACGCGCUAUCUGAAGCUAUGAUGAUCAUCACUGGAUGGGUUAUUUGGCUAUCACCCCUCGGUGUUUUCUUCCUAGUGACAGCUAAAAUUAUGGAAAUCGAUUCAUUCGCUGAGUUAGUUGGAAGGCUCGGUUUGUACUUCAUGACAGUACUACUGGGUUUGUUCCUCCAUGGUUUUGGUACGUUGAGCAUAUUGUUCGUCAUAGCGACGAAGAAGCUCCCUUGCCGGUAUAUCGCUAAGAUGGGACAGGUUAUGGCCACAGCGUUUGGUACUGCUUCUAGUUCAGCAACAAUGCCAAUAACGAUAGGGUGUUGUGACGAAAUGGGGCUCGACCCUCGUAUAACCCGCUUCGUGAUUCCCAUCGGCGCUACCAUUAACAUGGACGGUACCGCGUUAUAUGAAGCCGUGGCUGCUAUAUUCAUUGCUCAGUUGAGGAAGGUGGAAAUGUCCUUUGGAAAGAUUAUUGCUGUCAGUGUAACAGCAACGGCAGCAAGUAUAGGUGCGGCGGGUAUCCCACAAGCCGGUCUGGUUACCAUGGUGAUGGUGCUCGAUACCGUCAACUUGCCCGCUGAGGACGUCUCCAUUAUACUCGCGGUUGAUUGGCUGCUCGAUCGAUUCAGAACAACAAUUAACGUAGUGUGCGACGCGUUAGGUGCGAUCAUUGUGACUUCUUUAUCCCAAGCCGAUAUUGAGAAAUCUCGAGCCGUACAAAACAAUGACAGAGAAGGACCGGCGCAUGAACUCAGCGAUCUAGAGAAGGGCGAACAUUGAAACGUUAUAACGUUCAUAACACACCGUUAUAACGAUAUAACCGUUAUCGUUGCCGGUAUCGUUAUCGGUGGCAAACGUUUAUUGUAAGAACAAUUUAGUGUGAGUAUUGUAGCCAUGUUGUGAUUAAUUUAUUGUGUUGAAUUGUGUUAUUGUAUGCCAUUUGAUACAUGUUUCAUAUUGGCAGUAGCAUUACAUAAUAUAGUACAUUUAACAUAUUUCGUUACAGUUGAAACAAAUGUAUUAGGUAGUUUGGAAUUUAGAAUUUUUCAUACUUGAAAUUCGGUGAUAGUACUUUUACAAACAAAAUUGAAUGUACGUAGAUUAUGAGCUUAAAACUAUGUGUGUUCUCGGUGUGCCAAAACACUAUUCGAUGAAUUUAUGAAGUAGCAGUUUUUAACUCUUUAACCACGAAAAUAUUCAUGGAAAAUUAUGAUUAACGAUGUAUAAAAUAAUUUUGGAAAAUCUUUUUGGAAAUUUGCUAUGAACUUUUUCAGAACACAUCGGUGGAAAAACGCGUUAUAUUAGUAAAACUGUACUAUUUACUUCUAUCUUUCAAUACUAUUUACCUAUCCUAGAAAUCCUUAUAUUUUUUGUAUGUACAUUGAAAUCAUCACUUAUUGUAUGGUUGUAUUUAAUUGUGCGCCUGUAAAGUACAUUAUAUCAAAAAUAGAUUAUUUAAGUAACUUGUAUUAUAGUUAUGUGCCAUAAUAAUAGUUGUAAAUUAGAAUUUAGUCACCCAUAAAAUUCUUGCAUUCCAAUUGAUAUUUAUUUGAUUUAAAAAUAUUAAAAUACUCUAUCGUUUUGAACGAAAAUUAAUUUAAUUGUGUUGUCACAUAUCAAACAAAUAUGUGGAUAAGUAAUCUUUUUAAAGGUUAAAUAACAUGGUUAUUUGAAUUGUUUACUCAAAGUUUACAAAAAGUUUAAUUUGUUCGUAAUAUAAAUAUUACAAUAAAGGUGUUAUAAGUAGAUUGUCUACAAUGUUUAUUACCAAAUAUUAAGUAAUAAGGCAAUUUAUCGUGUUAAAUUAAAUGUGUUCGACAUACAACUCAGUAUUGGUUUUAAUAAUGUAUUAUGAAGCAGUUGUCUAGUCUAUUGUUUUCGAUAGCUUGUGUAUAAUGUAGAUAAAUAGAUAUUCUCUAUGGUCUAUGAGAUAACGGUCUAAUUAGCAUGACAUGUAACACGUUCAGUUUGACUGUUCCAAGAUUAAUGUGAGGACAAAAACUUUAACUACAUUUUAUUUAAAUAAUUUAAUAAUAAAUAACUUAUUACAUUCAA